AUGGACGAGCAGCCCCGGCUGAUGCACUCCCACGCCGGGGUGGGCAUGGGCGGCCACCCCGGGCUGGCCCAGCACCUGCAGGACGGCGCCGGCGGCGGCGGCGAGGGCGAGGGGGGCCGCAAGCAGGACAUCGGGGACAUCCUGCAGCAGAUCAUGACCAUCACCGACCAGAGCUUGGACGAGGCGCAGGCCAGGAAACACGCUUUAAACUGCCACAGAAUGAAGCCAGCGCUUUUUAACGUCUUGUGUGAAAUCAAAGAGAAAACAGUGUUGAGUAUUCGAGGGGCUCAAGAGGAAGAACCAACAGACCCUCAGCUGAUGCGCCUCGACAACAUGCUAUUAGCAGAAGGGGUAGCAGGACCUGAGAAAGGAGGGGGCUCAGCGGCCGCAGCGGCGGCGGCGGCAGCCUCUGGAGGUGCCGGCUCAGACAAUUCCGUGGAGCAUUCCGACUACAGAGCGAAACUUUCUCAGAUUCGACAGAUUUAUCACACUGAGUUGGAGAAAUACGAACAGGUACCAGCAUGCAACGAGUUCACCACCCACGUAAUGAAUCUACUGCGGGAGCAAAGCCGGACCCGACCCAUCUCGCCCAAGGAGAUCGAGCGGAUGGUCAGCAUCAUCCACCGCAAGUUCAGCUCCAUCCAGAUGCAGCUCAAACAGAGCACGUGUGAAGCAGUCAUGAUCCUGCGUUCCCGAUUUCUCGAUGCGCGACGGAAGAGACGAAACUUCAACAAGCAAGCUACAGAAAUCCUCAAUGAGUAUUUCUAUUCCCACCUCAGCAACCCUUACCCCAGUGAGGAAGCCAAAGAGGAACUAGCCAAGAAAUGUGGCAUCACAGUCUCACAGGUAUCAAACUGGUUUGGAAAUAAGCGAAUCCGGUACAAGAAGAACAUAGGUAAAUUUCAAGAGGAAGCCAAUAUUUAUGCUGCCAAAACAGCUGUCACUGCUACAAAUGUGUCAGCUCAUGGAAGUCAAGCUAACUCACCCUCAACUCCCAAUUCAGCUGGUUCUUCCAGUUCUUUUAGCAUGUCAAACUCUGGAGAUUUGUUCAUGAGCGUGCAGUCACUCAAUGGGGAGUCUUACCAAGGGGCCCAGGUUGGAGCCAACGUGCAGUCACAGGUGGAUACCCUUCGCCAUGUUAUCAGCCAGACAGGAGGAUACAGUGAUGGGCUCGCAGCGAGUCAGAUGUAUAGUCCGCAGGGCAUCAGUGCUAAUGGAGGUUGGCAAGAUGCUACGACUCCUUCGUCAGUGACUUCCCCCACAGAAGGCCCUGGCAGCGUUCACUCUGAUACCUCCAACUGAUCUCCCAGCAAGGCAGCAUUCCUUUCUUCCCCCCAAUCCUGCAGCCAGGCAGAGGUUGGGGGCCGAGAGGGGAAGGGGUUUUCUCUCCUACUGUUGAAGCCAUCGGGCUGGAUCCAGAACCGGUUGGCGAACACAAGAGCCUCCUUCUCUCUGUUGGGAUGCUUUUUUUUCAGCCAAUCUGGACUCUUCUUUAUACUCUCUUCCCUUUCUUUUCUGGGUAGAAGCCACCUUUCACCA